UCGAUCUCCAGUUCUUCAUUCGUUGCUCGAGUUCUGUUUCUUGGGUCUUGUUAGAACUCGAAGGUUUGAGAAAAGCCGGUUUUUACUUCAGUUCGUCUUUUUGUUUUCGCCUCUUUGUCGAUGGGUUGAUGAUUUACUAUGAUUUCAAUUCUUGCGCUUCGUAUUAGACAAGGAAAGUAAACUGAGGUUUCUUGAUUCAAGUUUCUAUCAUAUUCAUGUCGGAAUAUACUAAUUUAGGUAUUGUGUGAGAAGUCAGUAGAAGAGGGUGGAACAUGUCAAACAAUAUAGCGACGCACUGGUGUUUCCAGUGCAAUCAAAGAGUUCGACCUCGUGAGAGGAACGUGGUAUGUCCCAGUUGUGAUUCUGGUUUUGUAUUAGAAUACGAUGUGAUGGAGGUCACGGCGAGCCAUUUCCAUCAAUUGGAUUUGGAUGGAGUUCAGGAUCAGUUGGUCAGGUUGAUGGAGGCCAUCUCUACCUCGAUGAGAGAGGGAAGGGUAGGAAGGAGACACCAGGGUGGACUCGUGAGAAGAACCUAUACCAAUUCAGACUUCGGUAUGGAACUUGGCCCAUCACCACGGUUAGCCUUCGGGGGACAAGUCCCUUUCCAUCCAUUUGAUGAUCGUGCGUUGGAAGAACUUCUCAAUGAGCAACACAGUCUUGGAGUUCGACGGGCUGGCAUGCCGGAUUAUUUUGUUGGACAAGGGUUGGAUGAACUGAUCGAACAUAUGAUGUCGAAUGAUAGGCGUGGUCCACCGCCUGCCUCGCAAUCAUCUAUUGAUGCUAUGCCCACCAUAAAAAUUAACCAGAGACAUCAUCAAGGAGAGUCACACUGCCCUGUCUGCAAAGAGAUGUUUGAAGUAGGAUCUGAGGCCCGAGAGAUGCCAUGCAAACAUUUGUACCACACCGAGUGCAUCAUCCCGUGGUUAGAACAACAUAAUUCUUGCCCUGUUUGCCGAUUCAAGAUGCCUACUCGAGGUUCUGGCAACCGCAGGAAUAAUCAAAUCUUAGGUAGUAGUAGCAAUAGUAGUUCAAGAAACAGAGGACGUCGUCUCAGGAAUUUGUUUUCCUGCUUGUGGCCUCUUUGCUCUUCAAGCUCUAGUCGAACUCGGUCAGUGUAAGAAACCAUUCUGCUAUGCUUUUACAUACUAUUGAGUUAAUUGUUGUCGAUAGCCUUAAAUACUGAUAAUCUCUGGCCUUGUUGAAGUGUGUAGUGUUUGUGUUUCCAUAUUGUCUAUAUUGUUGGAAAGGAAGUAAUUCAUAACAAAUAGCCAAAACUGCUUGUUGAUUCAAAUAUUCAAGUCAAUGAUGUCAGCUUCAAGCUCUAUAUCA